AUGGGGUGUCAACAAGCCUACAGCCGAGUUCCACAACCCGUGGACGCGUUGCUUUCAAUGAAAAUGGGGGCUGGGGAAACCCUCCGCAACUACGCUGACCGAUAUUGGGAACUGUACAACGAGAUUGGCAGAGGUAAUGAAAAGAUUGCAGUGAGUACUUUUUGGAUGGGGUUGCCUGAGGAUUCCGAACUACUAGAAUCGUUGACGAGGAGGCCUCUCGAGGAUAUAAGGCAGUUGAUGAGGCGUAUCGAAGAGUAUAAGUGGUUGGAAGAUGAUCGGUUACAAAAUAAAGGCAAGGCCCUGGUCACAAAUCAUCCUCGACAUAUCGGCUUCCAACCUAGGCCCCAAAAGGAUCUAAGGAUUCAAGAACCGGGGCCACAGAUGGGAGAGGUGAAUGUGGCCUUCAAGGAACCGGUGCACAGGAUUUUGGUGAAGGUGGGGUACCUAAAGGAAUUUGUAACAGACCCGAGAAAUCAAGAAUCCGAACAGGGUGCAUGGCCGCGAGGGAAUCCUCUCCCACCCCCAUUGGGAGUGAUAGAAGUCAUCCAUGCAGCUUCGAGAGGCACCCAGGGGUCUAGAAGAAGGGGGAUACUAGCCAUAGCAUCAGGGGGAAGUUGCACAGGUGAGCAACCCUCUGAGAAGAAGUUGAAGUAUACUCAAGAGCCCAUUACUUUUAACGACAAUGAUCUAGAAGGCAUAAUCCAAUCGCACAACGAUGCUUUGGUAGUUACAGUCCGGAUAAAUGGCUUUAUAGUAAAGAGGGUACCGAUAGAUCAGGAGAGUGGAGCUGAGGUGAUGUAUCCUGACCUGUACAAGGGGCUUGGUUUGAAGAAGGAUGACCUAUCCAAGUAUGAUACACCCUUAAUGGGGUUUGAUCGUUGGAUGGUGAUCCCAGAAGGAUAG